AGGAGCCCAUGAGAAGCGACCUGCAGAUCGACGGCGGCGCGUCGACCGCGUCGACGGUCGAACCGCACGCUGAGUCCCGAGCGAAAGGUAGCGCGGCGGGCGGUUGCGUCAGACGCGCAGAGCUGGAGUCGGUGCCGUUAACAGGAUUGCUCAAUGGUUGUGUCACCAGGAGGCUGGACUGGUCGGGCGGAGUGUUUGAGCUCGGAGCUCAGUAUCACCGGAGCUCACUCACUCGCUGCCUGUGUGAGAGUGAGGCGGUCUCUCUCUCUCUCUCUCUCUCGCUCUCCCUCUCUCUCUCGCUCUCUCUCUCUCUCAGUCUGGGCUCUGAGAGGUCGGGAUUUUCUCACCAAAAGUACACAGAUCUCAGAGACGUGGGCAUUCGCUCCCUGCGAGGACGUGGGUUGGAUUACUACCGCAAACACCGGGGCCGCAGAACUUUCAUUUAUAGCCGAACUCGAACGAGCCUCGCACGGAUGGAGCGCGCCGUUUGUGGAGUAUUCUAGCCGCCGAGCGGACGUAUUCCAGCCGAGCCGCGCACCGGGUCACGCUCGCUCCUUUCCUCGCGAACCGGUCCAUCGGGAUGAACUUGCGGUGGGGCGGCCCGUCGCCGCCGUGCACGCGCGCCGCGAGGGUCGCGCACAAGCGCCUGGACUCGGACGACCAGCCGCCGGCCAAAUGCGCCAGGCUGAGCCCGGCCGAGGCGGGGGACACCCACGGGCUGCUCGGCGCCUCCCCGGGCUCCCCGGCCAGCCCCGCGUCGAGCCCGGUGCCCGCGACCCACCAGGGGCCGUCCAGGAUCGGAGCGUUCCUGCUGCUGCCGCUGGCGGACCGGGAGAGCGUGCACAGCGCGAUGAACGCCGACACCGGCGAUGAGCUACUGUGCAAGGUCUUUGAUAUGGGCUUGUACCAGGAGAAGAUCAGGGCCUACGGGGUCCUGCCCGCUCACAAGAACGUGGCCGGCAUCCGGGACAUCAUCCUGGGCGAGCGCAAGGCCUACGUGUUCCUGGACAAGGACUUCGGGGACAUGCACACGCUGGUGAAGAGCUGCCGCCGGCUGGACGAGGGCCGCGCCUGCAGCCUGUUCCGUCAGGCGGCUCUGGCCGUGGCGCACUGUCACCAGGCGGGCGUCGUGCUGGGCGACCUCAAGCUGCGCAAGUUCGUCUUCGCCGACGACAAAAGGACAAGGGUGAGAUUGGAGAGCCUCGAGGACUGCCGCGUCCUCGAGGACCCCAACGACGACUCCAUGUCUGACACGCACGGCUGUCCCGCCUACGUCAGCCCCGAGAUCCUCAGCGGCUCGGCGCCGUACUCCGGCAAGAUGGCCGACAUGUGGAGCCUGGGGGUCAUGCUGUACACCAUGCUGGUGGGCCGGUACCCCUUCCACGACCCGGACCCCGCCACGCUGUUCUCCAAAAUCCGCCGGGGCCAGUGCUGCUUGCCGGACGGCCUGUCGCCCAAGGCCAAGUGCCUGCUGCAGAGCCUGCUGCGGAAGGAGCCGUGGGAAAGGCUGACCGCGGCCGAGCUGCUCUCUCACCCGUGGUUCCAGCAGCCGCCGCCGUCCCAGGAGGCGGCGCCGGGCGAGCAGGACGCCGGCGCGGCGGAACAGACGGUGCCGACCUUCCACGUGGAGGAGGACAGUGAUCUGUUCUGCUGACAAACUUGACUCAGCUGAGUCCGGCUGAGGGACCAAAACAGAAACCGUUGAGGGAUUCACCGUCGUUUUUGGUUAUUUUUUUUUAAAAAAACAUUGGCACUUUUUAGAAACACGUUGCGUACUGUUGUGUGUACAUACACCCUCAAGCUUUCUACAAAACUGUACUGUAGUUUAUUGUGGUAUACUUGCAAAGGGCAUUGCUAACAAUGAUCAUUCAUUGUGUUUUCACGUGUGUGUUUUUUAUUAUUUGGUGCUAAAAGGACUGUCACGGACUCGAUGUCAGGCCAGGAUGUUGCUCCUCUCGCUCCUCUCGUGCGCUGACUCACCAGCUGGCUCGCGGAGGCCUGACGCUAGCUAGCGUGUGACACGCUAGCUAGCGGCGGCGUGCCGCUGACGAUCUGGCGGCGGUUCAAGCUCACAGAUUUCGACAUCGCGCGCGGACGGGUUAAGGAAGGCGACGGGUGCAACCGGGGCAAGAAAAGUGGAAGGAGUUUAUCACACGCACACUCAACAACAAGGAUGUUUAAGCUCACGCAGACCUUUGGCUCGUGUGCAACUAGCCACACCUGAACUCAACACCAAGGUUUCUGCUUUAGAAAUAAAAGCCGGGAGCUACUGUAGUGUUAAAGUCACAUGUUUUAGCAGCAGGAGAGGAGACAGCCUGGGGCCAAGCACUCUAGGAAUUCGUCAGAAAAGAUCAAAAACAUCCCAAAACCAGGAAAAUACCCAACAGAGGAAAGUAAAGGCUUUGUGAGUUGAGCCGUCGAACCUGUUUGGAGCUGUGCUGAUAUGUGCCCAUAUCACUGUGUUUUAUAAACUGCAUGGCCCUGAAUCCGUCACAGUCAGGCGCUGUUUGAUGUCGGUUGUCUGACGAUGACUCAACACUUGAGCGUGUCUGUGCAGAAUGGUCCUGACCUUGACUGGAAGAAUCCAUUGCGGCUCCUUUCACUCCCUCCAACGCUACUUUCCCCCCUUACUUUCGUUAGCUAGUGCCAUAACCCGCCGCGUUAGCGUGUAGCGCUGACAGCGCGCGCCGCUAGCUGCCGGGGUGAGCGGCGGGCUAAUCGAACGUCUGCUCCGGCCUCAUCCGCCCGACGCGCCAGAUGGCCACAAACGUGUGACGAUCUGAAUUGCUCCCUCGCAGAGGAGCGGUUUAAGAGAUUUAUGAUUCUGCUCCUCCGGCAAACGCGUCGAGUGACUCACGCGAUCAUGUGACAUGUAGAAUAAAGCGACAUGGGUGCACUCGGUAUUGCACUGUGAAUUAUGGAUUUGUGACAGAGCCUGGAGGACGCCAUUAGUCCAGACAGGUCACACGCAAGAGUUAUGUUCAUUGUACAAAACCUGUAAAUAUGUAUAUUUGAAAUGUGUGUGGAGAUGUCAAAUAAAGAUCACAUUUUUUCAUAUUCA